UCUCUGCGGACCUUCGCCGCCGAUCAGUCCGUAUACGUACUGCGCGCCGGUCGCUAUGUGAACGGUUCACGCGCGUGUGUGUGACUUGUGUGAUUUUUUUUUCUCUCAGAACGCUGCGACCGUCACCGAACAUUACCACCGUACACCUAUGAUACGACGCGUCGUUUGGUACAAUAUUUAUUCGUUUGCAAAGCAUGUACAAUAUACGAUCGUAAUAUAAUCGUCCGUUAUCACCGUCGUUUUUAUUUAUUAUUAUUAUUUUUUUUUUUUUUUAAAUCGUUUUAAGUUUAUUCCGCUUUUUGCGUUUUUCUCUGCUCGUGAGUUACCCGAGACAGCGCGACGCGUCGCGAUAAGGAUUUUUUCUCGUCCUGGUUUCGCGGUGAAAACCGAGCGAUAAAAAAAUAAUAAUAAUUAUUAUUAUAAAAAAAAAAUAUCGCACGUCGCCGAGAACGUCGUUGUCGCGCGGAAAAAGUGCGCGCGCGCCGCGCGUACCCACCGCACUCGUGUGCGGUGCAACAGUGAAUAUUUUUUUUUCUCCAUAGACCGGUGCACGAAAAUCGUUCGCAAUUACGGACCUAACGAUUUACCCGCGCAGUGUUCGGGGCGCGUCGGUUGAAUGUGAUUGGAAAGCGCGGGUGAUGGCCACCACGUACCUGCCCGUGGGCAGCGGCGGCGGCGGUGGUGGCGGCGGUGGCCCCGGCUCCGGUGACCUAGACGGCAUGGGAGGCAUGUCGGUGGUCAACCAGCCCGGUGGCCCGUACCAGCAGCCGUCGCCGUCGCCCCGUGGCGGCAACGGUCAAGACCACCCGGCCGGCGAGCUGAAAUAUAUGCCGCCCGGGCAGCAUCACCACCAUCACCACCAUCACCAUCAAGUUCCUACGUCCCCGUCGCCAGUGUCGCUGUCGGCCGCGGCCAGUUGGGUGGACCCGUGGGCCGCGUCCAUGAGCAUGCACCAACACCAUCCGCACCAUCCGCACCACCCGCACCAGGGACUGGACAUCAAACCGCCGCCAGACAUGCGAGCCGUGACCGGCGGCGGUGGUGGCGGCGGUGGCGGCGGCGGAGGCGGCGGAGGCGCACAGACCUGGCACACGGGACCGCCGCCGCCCGUCGUUUCGGCCGGCCACUAUAACGGCAGCGGGUCCGGGUCGCCGCAGCUCGGCCACCACGGCGCGUAUCACGUGAUGAACGGUAUGCUGGGCCACACGCACCCGGCCGUCCAAAUGCACGGACACAGCCCGUCGUACCCGCAACAACACGACCCGCAGUCACCCGGCGGCGAGGAAGACGCGCCUACGUCUGACGACCUCGAGGCGUUCGCCAAACAGUUCAAGCAGCGCCGGAUCAAGCUGGGCUUCACGCAAGCGGACGUGGGCCUGGCGCUGGGCACGCUCUACGGAAACGUGUUCUCGCAGACCACUAUAUGCCGGUUCGAGGCGUUGCAGCUGUCGUUCAAGAACAUGUGCAAGCUCAAGCCGCUACUGCAAAAGUGGCUGGAGGAGGCCGACUCGACGACGGGCUCGCCGACCAGUAUCGACAAGAUCGCGGCGCAGGGCCGCAAGCGCAAGAAACGCACCAGCAUUGAGGUGUCCGUCAAGGGUGCGCUGGAGCAACACUUCCACAAGCAGCCCAAGCCGUCCGCGCAAGAGAUAACGUCGCUGGCCGACUCGCUGCAGCUCGAGAAGGAGGUGGUGCGCGUGUGGUUCUGCAACCGGCGGCAGAAGGAAAAGCGCAUGACGCCGCCGAACACCAUGGGUGGCCCGCAAGACGGCAGCAUGAUGGACGGCGGCCUGGGCGGCGGAGGCGGUGGCCCGAUGGGACACGGUGGCCUGCACCAGGCCUACCAUCACCAGGACCACGUGAUGCACGGCUCGCCGAUGGGACCGCACUCGCACUCGCACAGCCCGCCGAUGCUGUCCCCGAUCGGCAACCAUCAGUCGCUUGCGGCUCAUUAACGUUUCGCCCAGUGGGACGUUGAGUACUCACGGCACCUGGCUAAGAUGCAGCAACAUCAGCAGCAGCACCAGGAAUGCACGUAGUAGAGUACUGUUGUUUACUGUUUCGAACAACGUCUCGCUGAGGGCGAUUUAAAAAAAUAUAAAUACAUGUACAUCGCGUCACAGCAUCAUGUGCAGGACGCCGCGUGCGUUGCCCGUGUGUUGCACCGCGAUGGCAUUUAUUAUAUUACCAAUUCGACUAUACAUAAAUAUAUAUAAAUAAAAUAUAAAUAUAAACUUACAAAAGCGGAUCGUAUAUAUUGAUGAUUAUAUAUAUAGAUAUAUGAUAUUUCUGUAUUAUAUAAUAUAUAAGAGUAGUGCUCGCCGUAAACUGCACAAAUCGCGGCGUACAACGGCCGAAGCGCAUAACAAAUUUAUACGAUAUAUGAAAAUAUAUUUUCCGUAAACAUUAUUAUAAUUAUUAUUAUUAUUAAUUUUUCCAAUCGUUAUUAAAUAUAUAAUAUAUGUGUAUAAUAAUUGUUAUUAUAUACGCGUACGGUAUAACGAUAAAAUGAUGUCGAUGAUAAUAAUAAUCAAUAAUGAUAAUGAAGAAGAUGAUGAUGAUGAUGAUGAUGAUGAUAAUAUACCGAAGACCAUCGAUCGGCGCCUAGAACUACCCCGCACAUAUAUGUCAUUCAUACAAGACGACGGCGAGAAGAAGGCUUUACGACAGAACAGCAAAUCGUGUGCGGACGAGACAUCAUCGCGGCAAGUAUACGACAAGUCACCGCAGCGAGUACACGAGAGUCAUCGCGGGCGAGUACACGACAAGUCAUCGCGGCAAGUAAAGGACGGACGAGCCAUCAAUCGACUCUUCUAUCGCACUGUGAUAUAAAUCGAUAAUUCUUUAGAUUUGUUUUAUUUUCUGUCUUAAUUAUCUCCCCCGGACAAGUAUGACUUCGCAGCCAUGUACACACACACACACACACACACAUAAACACUCACACAUGCGUACAUCCAGGUAUUGUUAGCUAUAUAUAAUAUGUAUUUCUGUUUUAUUUAUUAAUAUACGCGAGCGCACACGAGUGCUGCUACAUGAAUAUACCCGAAACCCCGAAAUCGCGGUCAGAGUUGAUGAUUAUUCCGAAAGCUUAAUGAUAUAAAAUUUUUCUCGAUUUUCCAAAAGUUUAUCGCGCAAUAUCCUAGGCACCCUCCAACCGCGCGAGGUAACUAUAGUCACGACACCCCAACCGCACUGAAUAAUAACCGAUCUCAAAGCGUGUAUACUUAUAAAAUUAAUGAUAAACGACAAACACGAAACUAAAAUUUAAAAAUAAAAACCUUUAAAUUAUAUUUUAGUGCUGUUUCGUAGAUAAAUUGGGUAUAUUUCGUCGUUUUUUCUACGUUCCUCGCAGACUGCAGUGCAAAGUUUUCCAGCACAAAACACUUGUUCGUCGCGUAUACUUCUAUUAUAUUAUAAUAUACACGUGAGCAUAAUAAAUAUACUUAUAUGGCAUAUAGGGUCUCCCAAAGGUAGGUAUAUGUAAUGGGGUAGCUUGUGUGUACUUGUAAAAUAUUUUUUCGGUCCAUCUGCAGCCGGCGCGUCUCGCACCGCGACAAUGUACCUGCACACCACACGCACAUUAUACGAAAUAUAAAUAAAAUAUUAUAUUAUAAUAUUAUUAUUAUAUACGUCUAGCUAUACGAUGUAUAUACCUAUAAUAAUAUACGAAAACCGGUUCGUUUCAAACGAUUCAUAAUUUUUGUCCAUAUUUUUUUUUUCUCCCGCGCGUCUUCUCGCUCUCUCGCUCACUCCUUUUUAUUCGUGAUUUAUGUGACGGAUGAGAAAAAACCAAAAAAGGUAAUAAUAAAAUUACCCCGAAAAUAUUGUAUUAAUAUAUAUAUAUACCUAACCCGACCGGCAGAGUAUAUAAUAUAAUAUAUAUAUAUAUAUAUAUAUGUGUGUACACGAAUACGCGUACAUCAUACCCGCCGACGUAUAUUUCGUGUAUAUAUGUGUGUAAGUGCGUAUACGACGCUUUUUUCCUAUACUUAUUCUUCUUUUCUUGUUCAUAUUUUUACGAUCACCCUCUAAAUAUAUUAUCGGUCCAAGUAUAUAUAUAUAUAAACAUAUUAUAAAAAUAGCAUAUUAUCGGAAUAAAUCAACCAGCCGCCGCCACCAUGCCGUCUAUCUUACCUACCUUUAUAAACAAUAAUAAUAAAUUUAAACUCUGAAAAUAAAUUUCUAUUACAUUACACAUAAUAUAUAUAAAAAAUAAAACGCGUGUGUAUGUAUAUGUGCUGUAGCAAGGUAUAAUAUAAUAAUGUAUAAUAGAGUGUUACAAUAAUAAUUAUAAUAUGAUAUUAUACAUGUAUACGCAGACACAAAUUUGAGCGAAACGACCAAAUAUAUUUGUAUAAUAUGUUAGGUACACAGUGUUUCACCAAUAUGUAUAAUAUAAUGAUACCUAUUACAAACUAUAUAUAUUAUAUUAUACACUAUAUUUAUACGGAUGUGUUUCCGCCGCGCUUUUGUAUUUUGUAACGAAUUUAUCGAAAAAAAUAUUAUUAUUACUAUUAUUAUAAGUAUAUAUAUACCUAUAUACGUACGCGCAUAAUGUAAUAAUGUAUAUUAUUGUGUCGUAGGUGUGUGUAUAUGCUGUUUAUCUCAUUUUUUGAUUAUAAUUUAUUAUUAUUAUUAUUUUUUUUUUGUUAUUUUUAACGAUUUAUUUUUAGUUUUAAUAAUCGCAUAUUUCUAAAAUAUAAUAUAUAUAUAUAUGUAUACAUUAUAUAUAUAUAUAUAUAUUUAUAAUACACCCUAAAGUGUUUAUAUAUUUCAAAUUUGUUAUACCUAGUAAAAAAACUUUUUUCUUUUAAAAAACACUCAAUUAGUCUUUAAUUUGAACAUAAUAUGAUUGAUAUAUAAUAUAUAUUUAUAUAAUAUGUAUUAUAUUAAUAUUAUUAUUAUAAUUAUUUUUAUUAUUUAUUUUUAAAAAGAAAAGAAAAGAAAAGACGGGAAAAUAAUAUUCGUAAUAUAAAAUACACGCAUACAUGUAUACAUUUAGCCGAUAACAAAAAAAAGUAAAUUAAGGUACAAGAUCUUUUUUGUAAAUACGAAAAUAGAUGUGUAAAUAAAACUGUGUAGUUAGAUGAAUAUAUUAUCAUUCACGAAAUAUAUAGAGAAAAUAAUAAAAUACACUUUUGGAACGUGUAA